AUGUCAGGCAAGGAUUCCCCUUUUUCGCAGAUUCUUGAGCAGGCAACUACUGAAUUUCAGCAGUUUGCCUCCAGUCUCCCUAAAGGUGCUAUUGGAAUCUAUCCGAAGAAGAUGGAAGGCUAUCUUCUUCGUCUUAUUAACUUCAAAGUCUUUCAAAAGUACUUCGCUGAGCUCACUGAUGCUGAAGGAUGGGCCCCUAAGACACCAACAGGCUGUGUCGUAGCUUUUACACCAAACCAUCCUGAUUACUUAAAAAGAAUUUUAGACAAGUUUUCUACAGCUCCUGAUUAUCAGAAGCAUGUCUUGAUUAUGCCAAGAUAUGGUGAAAGAUGCAGAAAUGUUGUUAAAACAUCAGGAUUGGAUGGACAAAUUAAUAUCGUCGAGUUUCAUGCUGAUAUGGUUCCUGUAGAACCUUACGAGUUCCUUGUACCUGCUCCAGAAACAUUUAAGAGACUAUAUAUUGAUGGCGAUAUCGAUGAUUUAUUCUUAAUUUCUCGUGCAAUUGUCAAAAUCGAAAUUCUUCAUGGUAUGUUCCCAGAAGUUGUUACAUUUGGUGAGAACUCAGAAAGAGUAUCCCAUCUUAUUCAAGAAAUGAAGGCUCAAAUCGGUCUUGGCGCUUUCCAAGCCCAUCCAACUUUCCACAAGAUCAUUAUUCUCGACAGAAUCGUUGAUAACAUGACCCCACUCCUUACCCAAUUUACAUACAACGGCGUUCUUGAUGAAACAAUGAACCCUUCUUACGGACUUCUCAAUUUAACAGAUGAUAUCAAGUCUGACAAGCGCCAGAUCAUCGUUAGUGAUGAUGAUCCAGCGUUCAAAGACAUUCGCGGAAUGAAGCUUCCUGAGGCCAACGCUUUCAUCGCAAAGUGCGGUGAAGAAAUGAACAAAAUUACUCGCGGUGAAGUACUCAAGAAAGGUAUGGAAAUGGCUAAAUUCAAGGUACAGGCCAUGCACGCACAGAGCUUGGCCAACAGAAAGCCUUACUUCGCACUUCAUCUCGAAAUCAUGGCACAUCUUACUCUCGCUAAGGCCAACGAUGAGCUUUUCAAUGAAGCCAUCGGCUUUGAACUCAAUUCCAUCCUCGGAUUCGAACCACCUCUUGAUUUAGCAAAUCGACUCAUCAGAUACGACGAACACUGGUCAGAAGCGCUUCGUCUCUACUGCAUUGCAUCACAAUCCCGCGGUGGCCUGCCCGGAAACAUCAUUAUUCCAUUCAGAAACAAGCUCAUUGCCAGAUUUGGCCUUAGUUUCGUCAAAUACCUCGAACAGAUGGAAAAGAUCGGCCUUCUCACACAACAGAGGACAAUUCUCUUCGUUCCAAUUCCUCGCGCCUUCUCUUUCAGUUCAUCUGCUUCACUUUUCGGAUUAUUACCAAAGAAUUCGAACCAAGAUGUCGUAGAUGACUUCAACAACAAAGACAUUGGCUCCUUCUACGAUGGUUACGUUCCCCUCACAGCCCGUCUCGUCCAACAAGCGACGGAAGGACCAAUUACUAAGUCUAGCUACUUGAAAGCGUUCGAUGCACUGAAUAUCAAGUACAAAGUCAAGACUGUUGUUGACCAGCCUUUCGCUGAAGAGCCAGAUGUCAAGAAGAUACUGGUGUUUAUCAUCGGAGGCAUGACAUACUCUGAAUCCAUCGCAAUCAGAGAAAUUGGAAACAGAAUCUACUCAGGAGGUGUUGAGUACUAUAUCGGAAGUACUUCUAUCAUCUCUGCAAAUAGAUUCCUUAAGGAAAUGUGUCCAAUUAUGCCUGAUUAA